CCACGAUGUGGUUCUACAAGGGCAGUAUGGUCAUGUCAUGUACAAAACCAUUGGCUCCCCAAUCCCCAGACUCCAAAACCACCGGCAAAUGCCAUGUAGUCCCCCAUGGUUUUGCUGCACAAACUUCCCAUGGCUCUCCCAAUCUAUAUAUAAGGGACCUCCCAUCUAUCAUUUGCUUCAUCAUCAAGUUCAAGCACAUAUAUCCUUCUUGGAUCAUCAGUUUUGUUAGUCACACAAGUUUUGUUCAAUUCGUUGUUUUUAAGUUGAAGAGCAAAUUAAGAAGAGAGUUGUGAAGAGUAUAUAUAUAGAAGAUGAGUCAAACAUGCAGAGCCUUUGUAGCAGCCAGUGUAGGAGUUGUGGAGGCCAUGAAAGACCAGCUGGGGAUCUGCAGGUGGAAUCAUGUCAUCAGAUCAGCGCAGCAAAAUGCCAAGAACCAUCUCAGGUCCAUGUCUCAGGCCAAGAGCCUUUCUCCUUCAACUUCUGCAAUGGUUAUGAGCAAAGCAAGAGAGGAGAAACUGAGGCGGUCAGAGGAGUCUUUGAGGACGGUCAUGUACUUGAGCUGUUGGGGUCCCAAUUGAAUCGAGGCACAAGUCAUUCCAAUCUUCGUCGAGUGCAGGAAGAUUCAAUGACUACCGGCCACCUGCAAACUUCUUGCAGAUGCAUGGCAUGGUAGUGGGAAAUGUCAGUCGGAGCUGGUCAUGGGGCAAAUUGUAGACUGAAUUUAGUAUUUGGGUGAUGCCAAAACUAUUCUAAACUGUAAAGCGUAACUGGAAAUUGCUCUUAUAUAUAUACACACGAUUUUAUAAGA